CAUAUCCACCCACGUCAAUCAGAUGCGAAAGAUCUCUCUGUCGUUUAGACCUUCCUCUAGAAACCUCUUAACCAGUCCCAUCCCUGAAAACCCCUCGCUUUCCUUUUUAUUUUAUUUUAAUUCACUCUCAGGAGAGAGCAUUUUGGGGUUUUGUUUUAGAGUUCUCAAAGAAUGAGCUUUUCGACUAAGCAGAAUAGUAGCAGAGCAAUGAAUCCUUGGGUUCUUCAUCUCCAAAAACUGGGUCUCGAGCUUAAGUGUCCUCUCUGUUUGAACUUGUUUAAGCGGCCAUUGUUGCUCCCAUGUGAUCAUUUGUUCUGCGAUUCGUGCGUAGCAAGAACUGAGUUUGGUUCAGAGUGCCCCAUUUGCAAAGUUCAAUGCGCAAAUCGAGAUCUAAGGCCUUUGACCUUCAUGGAGAAUAUAGUAGGAAUCUAUAGAAGUUUGGAUUCUGCAUUUUCUGCCAACCUUUCUCAUUCCAUUGAAGAUGGGGUUUGCAAAACUGAAAAAUUUGAUAAGUGCAGCAUGCAAAGGCGUGCUACAGAUGUAGGUUACGAGACUCCUAACAAAGAUGGAGUUGAUUUGUUACGAUCAGUUUCCCAUAAACAAAUAGGGGCAUCUCAAGAGUCUAGGAAUAGGCAGAUCAUCAUGAACCAAGCUGAUCAAGCAUCCCUCAGCCCGCCUUCCUAUGGUGAUACAAAGGUCUCUGACAAUGAUAGCGAGCAUAGUCCUGCAAACUUUCCAGCCAAGGGAGCGGGGAAGAGAAAUUUUGAUGAUAUGAUAAGCCUGAAGCAGAAUGAUUCUGUUUUAGGGAUUGAUGGUCAUUUAUGUGAUUCCAAGAGACAAAAGAGGUUGAACUAUGGGACAUUAGAUGGGGGUGCAAAAACCAUGGAUGAUUGUCAAUCAGAUCUGCAAGCUCAAAACAUUGUGACUUCUGAUUGUCAAUUAAGAUCUCAAAAUGGAGCACCUCUUGCUGGUACUGGUUUGCUUGUGACAUCAGAGAACAUGAAUGUAAAUAGGGCUAUUUGCGAAUUUUGCCAGUCCUCUAAAAUUUCUGAGGCCACUGGAAUGAUGUUACAUUAUAUCAAUGGAAAACCGGUAACAGGAGAUGCAUCAUUUGGCUUAAAUGUUAUACAUGUUCACAGCUCGUGUAUUGAAUGGGCACCUCAAGUGUAUUUUGUUGGUGACAAUGUUAAAAACCUUAAACCAGAACUUGCAAGGGGUGCAAAGCUGAAGUGCAGCAGAUGUGGACUAAAGGGUGCUGCACUUGGCUGUUAUGUGAAGUCUUGCCGCAGAAGCUAUCAUUUCCCUUGUGCAAAAGAGAUUCCAAAAUGUCGAUGGGACUAUGAGGACUUUCUUGUGCUUUGUCCUGCCCAUUCUUCAGUCAAGUUUCCAAGUGAGAAGUCUAGAAAGGCCCAUUCUGCAGCCAAGUUCCCAAAUGAGAAGCCUGGAAACUGUCUAUCUGCUGAUGAUAGAGUGCCAACUGAAAGUGGCCAGCUGAAAUCCAACACUUUCUGGGGCCAGCCAGAGAAUAAGAGAGAUUGGGUUUUCUGUGGAUCUGCUUUGUCUCCUGAGGAGAAGUUUCUUCUGGUCAAGUUUGCAAAAAUGAUUGGUGUAACUGUAUCCAAGUUUUGGAGGCCGGAUGUCACUCAUGUGAUUGCCUCUACAGAUGAGAAUGGUGCAUGCACUAGGACACUUAAAGUUCUCAUGGCCAUUUCAAACGGGAAGUGGGUUCUUAAAUUAAAUUGGAUAAAGGAAUGUGUGAAAGCAAUGUAUCCUUUGAAUGAAGAACCUUAUGAAGUUAGUCUUGACAACCAUGGGUGUUGUGAUGGUCCUAAAACUGGCAGACUCAGGGUAUUGGAUAAUGCACCAAAGCUCUUUGAUGGCUUUAGCUUUUAUUUUGUGGGUGACUUUGUGUCUGGUUACAAGGAAGAUCUUCAAAAUCUAGUUGUCACCGCAGGGGGUAUUGUUUUGAGAAGAAUGGAGGAACUAGUGGCACACAAAAAUGGUGAACAGACAGCUCAAACAAAGAUGGUUGUUGUGUAUAACCUGGAUGCACCUCAAGGAUCUGAGUUAGGAGAAGAAGUAACAAUUAUUUGGCAGAGGGUUAGUGAAGCACAGGAUAUAGCCACAAAAUUAGGUGGACAAGUCAUUGGUCACACAUGGCUUUUAGAAUCAAUUGCAGCAUGUAAGUUGCAGCCUUUUGUCAACUAACUAAAUAAUGAUGAUUGAUUUUUUUUAGCUAAAGAGUGACCAGUAACUUAAUAGGCUAGUCCUGUUUUAGAAGGUAGAACUUGCUCUUUCUCUGUAUAUCUGUAUUGUAAUAGUCAUAUGAGCUCUUUUGAGCUUGGCAGCAACUAAUUGAACUUGGAUGGGGCAUUUUCAUCAUAA